GGUGGCCACUGCUCUAUUCUCGUGACGGAGCUUCAUUCUCCCCUCUAUGAUAGUGAUACUAACCCACACUUUGUAUCUCUGGCUGUCUAGUAUUAUUCCUGGCAAUCCCAUUACUCAACUGUAGCUACCAGCUAGUCGACUGCAAAAAAGAAGAAGAAUAUGCCCAUGAUGGAAGCAGGCCAAGCGGCAAACCCUCCUCCGAUCCUUCGUUACUACGUGACGAAUGAAGCAGAAAAGUCUGAGAAGCAACCCGUGAGACCGCGCCGCAAGUACAGUCUGAGCAGCAUUGAAUUGUUGGCUUCGAAUGGCGGCGUGGACAAGAUCAGGAGGAACUCUCGCGGUUUGCGAAAGAACAAGACGUUUCCUUGCAACCUGCAACUAGAACCUGACGAGGAAGAGAAUCAAAAGCAAUCUGAUGUAGACCACGCGAGACGGCGCGGAAGGCGAAGAUCGUCUGGCCAAUCCUACGUUUCCGAUCUGACCUUGGAUAUGGAUGGUUCCUACUUGUGGAACGAAGAAGGAGAGACCCUUCCUCUAGCCGAGGACCACAAUGCUGAAGAAGCCGACAAUGGAACCAACAUUGCAGUCUUUGUGGAAGAGGGCGACGAAGAAGAAGAAGAGCCUGGCGAUUUCCUCCCUACACCUCCAAAAAGGAAUCUCUCUGCUAGGAGUGCGUACAACCGGAAUAUCUCGGAAGCGAGCCUUGAUAAAAGCGAGUUGGCUGCUCCCGUGUGUUGUGGAGGUUACACGUCAGACGACAAACUGGGUGGAAGCAACACAACACAGAGGACUCAUCUCAUGAGACGUGAUGCGUCCUGGAGCAGUUCUCAUAGCAGGAUGAGUUUCAGCGAAUCCUCUUGGGACUUUUACGGUCUGGAAGACAGCGGCCGGGAAGACGAGAGUGACCUCAGCGAAAGCGACGAUGAGGACGAUGCUUCGGUCAAUCUCGACCUGUCUCAGGAACUCGCCUUUCUGCAACACCAAGCGCAACGACAACAUCAGCAGCUAGAGCAGCAAUACAUGCAAGACCAUUCUGGAGAUUCUAGUGACGACGACAGCGACUCUGACUCGGAAUACAGCGAUGACGACAGCGAAGACCUCCACGGUUCCAAGGGCAGCUGCGACUUUAUGCCGUCCAUGCCCCGUCGCCGUGCCAGCGGAUCGACGGUACAGACACACCUGACACAACUGUCGAUACAGACGCAGCUGUCGAUACAGACACAAUUGUCGGUGUGUCUGUCGGUACAGACGCAACUGUCAAGCGCUUCUAGAUCUUCUAGGCGUCAUCGUCGUAGCCACCCCCUUUCAAAAGCAGAGCUGCAUGGACCGGAAGCAGCAAUGCCAAUGAAACCCCGACGUAUGUCAACCAUCGAACUGCCAGCUGAAGACGAGGUGCUAGAAGACCCACAACCGCAAGCAGCCACCACGACCGAAUUGCUCUCCGAUGGGGAAGAACUUUGUAGUCCCAGUCAUCGUCACAGCCAUCCCGCCCCUUCCAACGAAGAGCAGCUGGAAGCAUCUAGUCGUGUUCAUCGCCGCAGCCAUCCUCUGUCCAAAGCCGAGCAAGAACUGCAAUUAGAAGUCGAGGACGACGAGGAGGAAUCUGACGAGGAGUCCGAGAGCGACAGCGAAUCCGAAACGGAAGCCACCGAAGAACCUGAAACCAUGACAAAGGAAUGCGCCCUCCCUCGUUUGAACCAAGAGAACCUUCCCCGGAAGGUCAGUCGUCGAAGGAGCAACCGAAAGGCAAUUCGAGGAACGAAAGAUGCUGCCCCCGGUGUUCCACGACGAAGGCGUAGUGGGAGACGGUUGGCAUUGGCACGGUCAACAUAAGAGUUGUACCGUACCAGCGAAGCGGCCGCACAACACCUCCACCAAUACUACGCAAAGUGCCCAUGCACAUUCACAGUAUGUUCAUAGUCUAAAAACAAUAGAUGCUACAUUUUAUGAU